AUGUGGACCGUUGCUCUCGUUCUUUGUUUGGGAAAUAUUCUCAUCGGAGGAGAGGCCAGUGAUCAGCAUUCAGAGCUGUUCCCUGUAAUUGAACUCUCUCAAACGGCCUCCCCUGGUCUUUUAAUACUGGAAAAACAGAAAUCCAACAGCUCAAUUCAUCCACCCCAAGUAGCCAGACCGAAAACCCCACACCCUCCUAUGUGCCUGGAGUCAGCUGGAAUCAGAGUUGCCUUCAAAUAUGUCCAUACGGUGGUGUCUGUUGUUGUUUUUGUCGUUGGAAUACUGGGAAAUUCGGCCUUACUGAAAAUCAUAUAUGUAAACAAAUGCAUGAGAAGUGGCCCAAACAUUCUCAUUGCGAGUCUUGCUCUGGGGGAUCUAAUCCACAUUGUGAUAGACAUUCCAAUCAACGCAUACAGGCUCAUGGCAGAAGAUUGGCCGUUCGGUUUGGUGCUGUGCAAACUCGUCCCCUUCAUACAGAAAACCUCUGUCGGAAUUACUGUGUUGAGCUUAUGUGCUUUGAGUGUUGACAGAUACCGGGCUGUAGUAUCCUGGAAUCGAAUCAAAGGCAUUGGGGUUUCAUUGUGGACUGCAAUCGAAAUAACUCUGAUAUGGGUUAUUUCUAUCCUGCUGGCUGUGCCUGAAGUUGUCGGCUUUGAUAUGAUAACAAUGGACUAUAAAGACAAGCAUCUGAGAAUAUGUCUGCUUCAUCCCAUGCAAACCUCGUCAUUCAUGCAGUUUUAUAAAUCAGUAAAGGACUGGUGGCUCUUUGGAUUCUACUUUUGCAUGCCACUGGCUUGGACCGCCGUCUUUUACACGCUGAUGACCAGGAAAAUGCUGCGAAACACUGAGAAUACAUUAAGCGACUACACCAAGCAGAGACGAGAAGUCGCAAAGACCGUCUUCUGCCUGGUGAUUGUGUUUGCUCUUUGCUGGUUGCCACUCUACCUGAGCCGAAUCUUGAAAUUAACCAUAUAUGAUGAAAAAGACCCGAAUAGGUGUCAGCUACUGAGUGUCUUUCUUGUCCUGGACUAUUUUGGCAUUAAUAUGGCAUCACUCAACUCGUGCAUCAACCCCAUUGCUUUGUACAUCGUCAGCAAGAGAUUUAAAAAAUGUUUCAAGGCAUGUCUGUGCAGUUGGUGUCUACCUCUUCAAGCUGUUACCCAUGACGAGGUGCAGUCUGUUUUGAAGUCCAGAACGCAGGAUCAAGUCUCAGAGCAGAGCAGCAACAUCAAAGCUCACAAGCAGACUUCCACACCUCCACCUGAGUAG